GCGGAGGGGUCAGAGUUUUAAGGAACGGAAGGAAGUGGAAUAUAUGAGUAAUUUCAUUUUCAUGGUCAAGUGAGUACACAGGUGUCAGCGGUUAGAUCGCACAUACAACAAGUACCUAGGCACAUGAACCUGCCUGGGAAGGUUGAACGUCACACCAUCCACCCUUGCCAGAUUCUCGUUUGCCUCCGAGGCCCCAAGCCCCGCAAGUUUGGUGACCUCACCAUCUCCCGCACCUUCUGUACUUUGUCCCUCCUCGUUCACCUUCUCCCUCUCAUGCUCGGUUCCUCUCUCGUCAAGAAGCAGCUGCACGGAGCAUCAUUGUCUUCAAUCGUUCUCCUAAUUCUCUUCAAGACAUCUUGAUGGCCUCCCCAACCUGCUACUCCCCCUCCACAUCAGCUUCUCUAAUCCUGCGCCCGAGCAUGUACAUGGGUUUCUGAUGCUCUCUCUUCCCCGGCCCCGACCCCUUUGCCUGGCUCAAGAUAUGUGUCAUCCCAAGGCUCUCCAAACAAUGCCUUAAAUGAUGGUCCAGCUCCGGCUCCAGUUGCCCUCGUUUCAAGUUUAUCAUACGCCAAAAUCUACCACAACAGCUGUUAACGUUAGUGAAUCUGCGAUUCUUUUCCUCAGGUGCUGAGGCCAUGUCCGCAGCAAUGAGUGGCCAAUUUAGGCUGUGUUUUUGGGCGAGGGAGAGAAGGUGGAGGGUUUGGUCAUGU